AUGUGCGACUCAUCAGAAAUCAUUUCAAUUGAUUUGGAUGACGAUUCAUUCGCCUUACCGCCAUCAUCACCAAAAUUAAGUAAAAAGACAUCCGUUAAGAGAGUAAAACCUGCUGAAAAGAAAAAAGCUGAAAAACCAUCAGCAGAAACAGCUGCAGAAGAUCCAAUGGAUGUUUUUAUGGAUUUAGAAAAGGAAGAGAAGGAAAAUAAAGGGAAACGACUAAGCAUUGAAAAAAUAUACCAGAAGAAAUCACAACUUGAACAUAUCCUGCUACGACCGGAUACAUAUAUCGGUUCCGUGGAAUAUACGGAUCGAACUCCAAUGUGGGUAUACGAUACUGAAACUGAUCGAAUACUUCAACGUGAAAUCUCAUAUGUGCCGGGUUUGUACAAGAUAUUCGAUGAAAUAUUGGUGAAUGCUGCUGAUAACAAGCAACGUGAUCCGAAAAUGAAUCUUAUUAAAGUCAAUAUUAACAAAGAGAAAAAUGAAAUUAGUAUAUACAACAAUGGCAGGGGUAUUCCAGUUGUUUUACAUAAAAUUGAAAAAUUGUACGUUCCUGAACUUAUAUUUGGUACCCUACUUACAUCGUCAAAUUAUGACGAUAGCGAGCGGAAAGUUACAGGUGGUCGGAAUGGUUAUGGUGCAAAACUUUGUAAUAUAUUUAGUAAAGAAUUCACGCUAGAAACUUCUACCAAUGAAUAUGGAAAAGCUUUCAAACAGACGUGGGUUAAUAAUAUGUCAAAAGAUGGAGAACCAAAGAUAACGACCAGCAGCAAAGAAGAUUUUACGCGUGUAACGUUCAGGCCAGAUUUGGCGAAGUUUAAAAUGACUGAAUUGGAUGAUGAUAUUGUGGCACUAAUGUGUCGCAGGGCUUAUGAUAUUGCUGGUUCAACACGUGGUGUAAAAGUCUUCCUUAACAAUAAACAGAUUCCUGUGCAAGGCUUCAAGCAGUAUAUAGAGCAGUACGUGAAACACAAUGUCGACAGUAAUGGUGAAGCGUAUAAAGUAGUUUAUGAAUCAGUUAGCCCACGUUGGGAAGUGGCACUUACAAUUUCAGAUAAAGGCUUUCAGCAAGUCUCAUUUACAAACAGUAUCGCCACUACAAAGGGAGGUCGUCACGUUGAUUACGUUGUGGAUCAGAUUGCGAGCAAAUUAAUUGAUGUAAUCAAAAAGAAAAUUGGCAAAAGCGGCGGCAUUAAUGUAAAGCCCUUUCAGAUCAAGAAUCACAUGUGGAUAUUUGUUAAUGCACUUAUCGAAAAUCCAACAUUUGAUUCUCAAACAAAGGAAACGAUGACGUUGCAGUCGAAAAGUUUUGGUUCAACAUGUGAGCUUUCCGAGAAAUUUAUUCAAGCAGCAAUGAAAUGCGGAAUUGUGGAAGCAAUUAUGGCAUGGGUGCGAUUCAAGCAACAGGAAACAUUAGAUAAGAAGUGUUCGUCUAAAAAGACCAGCAAAUUAAAGGGUGUGCCAAAACUGGAAGACGCUAACGAUGCUGGUACGAAAAAUUCGGCACAGUGUACGCUUAUUCUUACGGAAGGUGAUUCAGCCAAAUCGUUGGCUGUUUCAGGUCUCGGUGUUGUUGGACGUGAUAAGUACGGUGUGUUCCCUCUUCGUGGUAAAAUGCUUAAUGUUCGAGAAGGCAAUCAUAAGCAGAUAAUGGAAAACGCUGAAGUGAACGCUCUUCUGAAAAUUAUUGGUUUGCAAUAUCGUUUAAAAUAUGACAAAGACGAAGAUAUGAAAACUCUACGAUAUGGCAAAGUUAUGGUUAUGGCCGAUCAGGAUCAAGAUGGUUCACAUAUCAAGGGACUGGUUAUCAAUUUCAUACAUUAUAAUUGGCCAGCAUUGGUUAGGCGAAAUUUCGUUGAGGAAUUCAUUACUCCAAUUGUCAAGGCAACGAAAGGCAAGGAAGAGAUUUCAUUUUUUUCAUUACCAGAAUACAGAGAAUGGCUUAACAAUACAGAAAAUUGGAAAACGUAUCGGAUUAAAUAUUACAAAGGUUUGGGUACUUCUACAUCGAAAGAAGCCAAGGAAUAUUUUAUGGAUAUGCGAAGGCAUAGAAUACAAUUCAAAUAUAGUGGUGAAGAAGAUGAUCAGGCAUUAGAUAUGGCUUUUAGCAAGAAAAAGGUUGAAGAACGGAAAAUAUGGCUUACAAAUUGGAUGGCUGAACGAAGAAAUCGUCGAGAGGAUGGUUUAACGGAGGAAUAUUUGUAUGAUAAAAACACCUACGUUGUUUCGUUUAAAGAUUUCGUCAAUAAGGAGCUUGUCCUUUUUUCGAAUUGUGAUAACGAAAGGUCGAUUCCAAGUUUGGUGGAUGGUUUGAAACCUGGACAGCGAAAGGUUUUGUUUACGUGCUUUAAACGGGCAGAUAAGAAAGAGGUGAAAGUAGCUCAAUUAGCUGGUGCUGUGGGUGAAAUGUCUGCUUAUCAUCACGGUGAAGCAUCGCUAAUGUCAACGAUUGUGAAUCUAGCACAAGACUUUGUGGGCUCAAACAAUAUCAACCUUUUGUUGCCAAUUGGACAGUUUGGUACACGUUUGCAAGGUGGCAAAGAUAGCGCUAGUCCACGUUAUAUCUUUACUCAACUUAAUCCGGUAACUAAAGCAUUAUUCCCAUCUAUUGAUGAAAACGUUCUUCGCUUCUUGUUUGAAGAAAAUCAGAAGAUCGAACCGGAAUGGUACUGCCCAGUUAUUCCUACCGUAUUAGUUAAUGGUGCAGAAGGUAUUGGUACAGCUUGGUCUACAAAAGUACCAUGUUAUAACCCACGUGAAAUAGUGGAUAAUAUGCGCGCUUUGAUUGAUGGGAAAGAGCCGAAACCUUUGAUACCAUGGUACAAACAUUUUCGUGGUACUAUAGAACAGCUUGAUGACCAAAGAUUUGUUUGUAAUGGUGAAGUGGCAGUUAUUAACAAUGAAACUAUUGAAAUAACUGAAUUACCAAUUCGCACCUGGACGCAAACUUAUAAAGAGACAGUACUAGUACCUAUGAUGGAUGGAAAUGAUAAGCAACCAGCAUUCAUAACGGAUUUCAAAGAAUAUCAUACUGAUACAACUGUAAAAUUUGUUAUCAAAAUGAAUGGUGAUAAAUUACGAGCGUCUAAAGAGGAAGGCCUUCACAAAGUUUUCAAGUUGCAAACUGUUAUUAACACUACUUCAAUGGUGCUCUUCGAUCCAUUUGGAUAUUUACGACGGUUUGAAAAUGUUACUGAUAUUUGUAAAGAAUUCUUUGAAAUACGUAAGAAGAAAUAUAUCGAGCGCAAAAGUUUUCAAGAAGGCUUGUUACGAGCACAGAGUGAACGACUCUCAAAUCAAGCAAGAUUUAUUUUGGCUAAAAUAAAAGGAGAAAUAUUAAUCGAAAACAAGCGAAAAGCUGCAAUUGUUGAGCAGCUGAUAAAAAUGAGCUUCAAGCCGGAUCCAGUCAAGAAAUGGAAAGAGGAGAGGAAAAAACAGGAGUUAAUAAUGUCGGGUGAGAUAACACAAGAUGAAGAUGAGGAGGAGCAAGAAGAAAACGAAGAGGAUGCGUAUCAAAGUAAGGAACUAGCCAACAAAUUAAGUGAUUACGAUUAUUUGGUGGGUAUGGCAAUCUUGAAACUUUCCGAAGAGGAAAAAGAUAAGCUGUUGAGGGAAAGUGAAGCAAAAUUGAUUGAACUUAAGUCAUUAGAAGAAAUGACUUGGGCAGAUCUGUGGAAUAAUGAUUUGAAUUGUUUUCUUGCCGAGCUUGAGAAACAGGAAGCAAAAGAACAAGCUGAUCUUGACAUACAGAUUAAGAAUGCGGCAAAAAAACUACAGUCUGAUGUUAUCGGUGCUAAUCGGAAGAAAGCCCCUGUUGGUCUAGUUAGGGAAGUGUUACCUGAUCCAUUUGCUGAGCGAGUGGUUCCAAAAAUUGAUGCAGUAAAAGAAAAAUACGAGCAGAAAAAGGCUUGUGAAGGUCGAAGACGCAAACUACCUGUGGUGAAAGAAUCAAAGCCGAAAGGAACUGAUGUACGCAAAUUUUUCAUUCAAGACAAAAACGAUGGGCAGGAAAGUCAAUCGGGAAUGAAAGUCAAGCAAAGAAAAUCAAAUAAUGAAGAUGACCAGUCAGAUGAAAAUAAUAUCGUCGAAGAACUAUCCGUUCACGAGAGCAGUGAUAAUAGCGUUAUUGCUUUGCCAUCUAAUAAGAGGAAAGACAUCGUUAAGAACGAUGAUGUUGAAAAGAAAAAUGCUCGGCGAAAUAUAGCUGCAGAAGAUAAUAAAAGGACUAAAAAGGGUGGUAAGCGAGAAAGGAUUAAGAAGUCGAAGCAAGAGCAGACUUCUCCAGUGAUGCACAUGGAGGAUUUCUUUGGGCCGAAAGUUGAAAAAAAGCAACACCGGCAGCAGGAGCAUUUUAAUGAAUCAGAUCCAGUAACUUCCGACGAAGCGGGACCAUCAGAACGAAAAGAACUUCCUUUACGCCAAAGAACUCGCGUAAAUUACAAUGUUGAUGACGGCGCUGAUGAUGACAGCGAGGAUGAAAAGACAGAGGAUGACUUAAUUGUGGUUCCAAAGAAAAGACGUAAUAAAAAAGUGAUUGAGAGUGAUAGCGAUGAAGAUUACGAAAUGCAGCUUAGUAGCGAUUAA